GCUUUCUUCAUUUGUUCCGCUACUUCCGAAGUAGUUGUGCUGCAUCUAUUAAUGCUCAUGAACUAGAAAAAUACACCUCGGAUGCCGAAGCGCAACAACCCGGAAUCUCCUACUGAUUCGGUAACUGGAGUGUCGGGAGACGAGUCUCAAACGAGCAGUGUAACAACUCGAAAACGAUGUCGUCUGGCUACUGCUUCACAGUUGGAUUUGUGUCAAGAACUGUUUGAUCGAAUUCGGGCGUAUCGUGGGGAGGAUGGCUCAUUAUCUGAAACAUUUAUGCGUCUACCGACAAGAAGGUCAAAUCCAGAUUAUUAUGAAGCAGUAAGAGAACCUAUGGAUUUAGCUCGUAUUCAAGCAAAAAUUAAGGCAUGUGAGUACGAAAGCGUCGAUCAAAUGGCUACGGACGUUAAUUUAAUAGUAGCCAAUACAAAAGCAUUCUAUCCAGCUUCAACAACUGAGUUCGCCAAAGCUGUUGAAUUACAAGAUGUUUUUGACCAUGAGCGUCAGGUACUUCAAGCAAUAACUACCAAGAGUACUGACUCCACUACAAGUUCAGCAAGCAGUAGCGUUACCGAUAGGCGUGCAACUCGCAGACGUCCAUUCAUUACCGAAGAACGAGAUGAAGAAGAGGCUGAAACUUUGUCAAUCGCAGCUUCAGAUGAUUCACGUAUUGCUCCAUCAGAAGUUAGCACUGUCAAUUUAACAUCUAGUCAACCAAGUUCAACACAGUUGGAUAAUCCAUAUGAACUAUUGUUUGCUUCUAUUGCAAAAUAUGUAGGCGAAAAUGAUCGUCCAUUAGCCCCAACAUUUACUCAUCUACCAUCUAGAGAGCUUUAUCCUGUAUACUACGUUGUUAUCAAGGAGCCAAUUGACUUAAGAAUGAUUGCCAAACGGAUUUCGUCUGGAAAAUAUAAUUCCAUGGAUGAGUUGGAAAGAGACUUUUUACUGUUAGCUCGUAACGCUAAGACUUUUAACGAACCAAAGUCAGUUAUCUACCAGGAUGCAGCAACGUUGGCCAGAAUUUUGAAGGGUAAACGUAGUGAAGCAGAACAUCCUCCAGUUCGAACUAACCGAGAGCGUGGAAAGCGUGCAUCUCGUUUAAAUUACAUACCACAUGAGGUUGUGGAACAGUUUGCUUCAAUGCCUGACUUAUCUGAUCCUCCCGACAGUUCAAGUCAAAUAGAUGAAUCUACGGAAGCAGCUUUUGAACUUUCUGGGGAUGAUGAGGAUACUCGAGCAACUGGUACAUCUCAAAGCUGUUCAUCAGUAGCUUCAAUUUCCAUAAAAAGAAAACGUGGACGCCCUCGUCGUAAUCCCUAUCCUGAAGAUACAAUAAAACGAAGUCCAUCAAGAGAACCUCUUUCUCCAGCAAGCAUACAUUCUCAGUAUAGUACAAGUGCAACUGGUGAACUAGGUGGAAAUAAUUUACCACAUUCAUGUUCUUCACGAGCCCAUAGACGCUUACAAGAAAAACUUUUACAAGUCGUAUUGGAUGCUCUUAAUGAAGAGGGUCAACCAAUGUCAACACCAUUUUUCCGACUUCCUUCUAGAAGAUUAUAUCCUGACUACUAUGAAGAGAUUACCAAUCCAUUAUGCCUCUCGAGCAUCAAGAAAAAAAUUAAGAGAUAUGAAUACCCUUCAUUAGAUACUGUUCUCAUGGAUUUAGAUAUAGUAUUCAACAAUGCUCAACAAUAUAAUGUUGAACAAAGUGCAAUACAUCAGGAUUCUAUUCGUUUGCAAGAGAUUGCCCAUAAAAAGUGUAUAGAACUUAAGAAUUCAGAAAUAGCAUUGAACAUUAAACCAGAUAAUCCAGAUACAGUCCCAUUCAGUCCUAAUGGAAGUAAUCUAACUGUAUCAUCAACUACACUGUCAGAAAGCAUAAAUUAUCCACAAUAUGAUCAAACUCCACUUAGACGAUCUGGACAUCAAUUAGUUACAGGAGAAGAGGCUACUUUGAAAAGACUGCAAAAUUUAUACAAAACUGUUUACUAUUUUCGUGCAAACGAUGGACAUUAUCCUCGAGAUACAUUUGUAAGCUUACCAUCAAAGGAUGUACAUCCAGAUUAUUACCAAGUAAUUUCUAAUCCAAUAGAUUUAACAAUGAUUAAACAUAAAAUGGAUGAAGGAAAAUACUCGUCACACGAUGAAAUGGUUCUUGAUCUUCAAUUGAUGUUUAACAAUGCUUGCAAUUAUAAUGAAGAAGGUUCGUCAGUUUAUAAUGAUGCAAAGCUUUUGGAUUCGAUUGUUAAAAAGCGCUUGAGGACUUUUGUCUCAUAUAAUGGCAAUGUUAAUCGACCAAUAACUUCGCGUAGUUCACUUACUACGGAACCGUUAACACAACAGUUGGACAGUUCAAAUAUUCAGUCACAUGCUAGUUUAGUCAACACUGUUCCUGCUGUCCAUCAUCAACAAUCUGGCCAACCAACUUGUUCACUAUUACAGCGUGUCAUGUUGGAGCUUUUUCAGGCAGUUCGUGAAUAUCAAAUCAACGGAAGAGUUUUAUCUAAUCCGUUUAUGCGUUUACCAACUAGAAAUGAGCUUCCAACUUAUUAUGAGUUUAUUAAGAAACCCGUAGAAUUACAAAGUGUGGCUAAACAGCUGGUUCAAAUGAAAUAUACGGAUUUUGAAGAAUUCGCUGGUGAACUUUUCCUAAUGUUUGACAACGCAUGCAGAUUUAAUGAACCUGAUUCACAGAUUUAUGCGGAUGCACUGAUACUUCAUCGAGUAUGUCUUGCCAAGCGAUCAUUAUUAUUGUCUGCCCAUCAACAGUCACUCUCAAUACCUCCAUGUGUUGCUCCUGAUGUUGCUACUGGCUUACGUCGUCUGCUGACUAAUCUUCAUAAUGCAAUGUUAACGGCUUGCGAUGCAGAUGGUCGAGGAUUAGUAGAUUCAUUAAUAGCUGGUGAUGGUACUGAGUCUAUGCUUACUUCAGUGACUGCAGCUCGUUUGGCUGCACUUCAUCGUGCAGUGGCAGAAGGUUCUUAUCAUCGUCUUGAUAGUCUUCAGUCAGAUUGGCUGGGGAUAUUAGCUAGAGCCCGAAUCGGAGAAGGAUCUGAUCAACCAUCGGAAGUGAAAAAUCCUUGCCCUACUAAACAACAACGAUUAGAUGCUGCCGAAUUAGCUCACCGUUGGGUUCGUCUUAGGGACGAAUUAUGCCAUCGGAGAUCGGGAACUCAGAUCUCACCAAACACUGAUUCUGGAUCUGUAUUACCUUCACAUGUGGUUCUGUACAGUCCUGCAUUGUCGUAUACAGAGGCAGCCUUAGAACGUGACAUCACUGAAGAAAAUGAAAACCAUAAACUUCCAGUUUAUGAUGAUGAAAACGGAGAAGAAACUUUAAAUCCACUUUCAGAUGGAGAAUGCGAAUUGAAACAUUUCGAAGCACGUGGUCAAACUUAUCAUGUUGGAGAUUAUGUGUAUGUUGAACCAAUGCGACCCAAUGUUACUCAAUGUCAUAUUGGUCGUAUAACACGUAUUAGCCGGGUAGAGCAUUCGCUGUCCAAAACCGAAGAACAAAUACCUAAUAAGGAAGAUCAAUCGAAAAAGGGAAACGGUUGUGAUAACAUUGAAUCGUCUGUGAAGGUCGAUCAUCCUUAUACAAUUAAUGUUCGACUGUCUAUGUACUUACGACCAGCUGAAGCACAUCCUUCACGUCGAAGGCGUCUUUUAGCCGCUGAAGUUUUUCGUACAGCUCUUGGUGAGACAGUUCAAAUUAAUCAAAUAAUGGGACGUUGUCUUGUGAUGCAUAUUUCGCAAUUCAUUCGUUACAAGCCAAAAAACCUUGAAGAACGUGAUGUAUUUAUUUGCGAAUCUCAGUUUUCCAUUACAUCUCAGUUAUUUGUGAAAAUCAGGGAUUGGAAUAUUCCACUUCCGACUGGAAUUGAAUUAGAAGCUAGACCUACCCCAUUUGUACCAACGCGUUUACCUCCAAAUGAACCCUUAGGAAAUGCCUUAGAACAGGUUAAUAACAGUUUGUUCGUUCAAAUGCAUUAUCCUUUGCCUCAGACUUUGAAAUCGAUUGUUCUUGAGGAUCUUACUGAAACUGAAGGAACUAUAGUUUAUGAGCAAUAUGUUCAUGAGAAUGGAUUUUCAGUGAAACUUGGCGAUUUUCUGUAUGUCCCCUCCACUAAUGGAUCUCCUGAACGUUCUAUUGUGCGAGUCGACAAACUAUGGAAAUCCUGCGCUCAAAAUGCUAUUUUAUUUACUGGACCAUGGUUCGUUACUUCAUCUUCAGUAGAUCAUUUACCAACACGUUUAUUUUAUCCUAAAGAAGUAUUUCUUACUGGGGCUGAUCAUGCUACUCAUGCGCUUGCUUCAGCUACAGGGAAAUGUUAUGUUAUGCGUCCAUGUGAUUACUCUCAGGCUCGGCCCACUGAAAUACCGGAGCAAGAUAUUUACAUGUGUGAUUCAAAAUAUUUUGAAACUGAGAAAGUAAUUCGUAAACUUAAGAAAGGAUUAAAAAAAUUUCAAUUUACAUCAAACAAUAUACAUGAAGAUGAAUUUUAUUUCUUUCCCCAACAAAUCAUGCCUAGAAAAGAUGCAUCACCUCUUUUGGCUGAAGCAUCCACUGAACCACUUCAGAAUGAUCAAUUAAAUCGCCCAGUGUCUCUGGCAUUUACUUGCGCACUUGCAGCAGCAGCUGGAACUACUACCAAUAUGGUUGCUGCUCCAAUGAUUUCUCUUCCCAAUUUAUCACCUGUUGAUGCAGCGAAACAAAAUGACCGUAUACCUACUGGAUUAAUAAGUGAAAGCUCUGGAUCUAGUCCACUUACAGGACAUAGUACAACUCCAGUAGUCGGUCGCACACCAGUUAACGUUUUACCUACCAGUAAUAAUGCAUUAGUUCAUGGUAUAACUUCAUCAGCUCAACUCGAUGCUCUGACUCGUGCUUUCAUUGAAAAUAACGUAGAUCGUACAGGUAAAAAGAGGAAAAUCCGUAAACCACCGUCAGGUUAUGUUUUAUACGCCGGUGAAAUUAGAAAGAAGUUAUUACAAGAACGACCUGAUGCUCCAUUCGGCGAAAUAUCUCGUGAAGUUGGUCUUCUGUGGCGUCAAAUGCCCACUGCUCAGCGUGAUUUAUAUGAACAAAAGGCCCAUCUAAUUAGACAACAUAUGGCUGAAGAAGAAAUGCAAAUAAAAGCUAGAGAACAAGAACAAGUACAACUUCACAUUCAACAGCAAAUAGCUGCUACAUGUAUUUCAUCACAUAACAUUAGUGGAACAAUACCUCUUCAGUCUUCUGCUACAGCAAUUAAUCCGUCUUCUUCAUCUAGAAUGCCUGUCACUGCUACAGCUGCUACUAUGCAGUUUUAUCAAACACCGACUGGUCAAGUCAUUCAAAUUGUUCAUGCCUCAACAACACCUAGUGUAGUUGGGCAUAAUGCGUUGCCAGCUCAAACAGUUACUGCAUCUCUUGCUCAGCCUGCUAAUAUUGUUCAAACUACAUAUGCGACAAUACCUGCAAUUGCCUCGGCUUGUCCAGUUGCCACUCCAACUCAUCAGGUUGUUUAUCAACUUUCCAACCAACAACAUGGCAUUCUUCCAAAUGGAACCGUCGGUUCUGGAACAACACAACAACCGUUUUACCAACCUCAACUUCACCCACAAACUCAACAACAGCCACAACGGGUUUUGGUUGCAUCUAGCGUGUGUUCUACACCCACUAUAAUGGGUACUGUUAUUGGAUCAGGAACUACUGUACCACCCGUUUUACCUGUGGGUACAAAUACAGGUCCUUCUAUGCCUAACGUUCAACAGCCCCAGAUACUUUUAGGUUCAACAGGGUCUGUAUCUUCAACAGGAUUUCCGGCUUUAGCACAAGGUGGUUUAGUAACAACGACAACUCCGACAUUAAAUCAACCUCUGUUGCACCCGGGAGUAGCUGUUGCGGCUGUAGGCGCUCCACAUAUUGUUCAACCACCUGCACCAACUUUGGGAGCUUGUUCUCAAGAUUAUGCGCCACAAGUACAACCGCAGUACCAGUUAGUACAACAAGUUCCUCAAAGUCAACCAAUCGCUCCGAAUGUAAUGGCUUCUGUUUCAGUUGUUCCAGGAACACAAUUCAUUCAAUCUCAACCCCAAACCAUUCCAACUCAACCUCAAACGGGCCGCCCAUCUUCUCCAAUGUUUGUAUCGGUUCCACCUCGAACUUCUCGUGUACUUCAUUCUGAAAUUUACCAGCGGUAAGUGGGAACAUAUGUACGCUAAUAUCAUUGUAGCCAACAAUAUAAUGCUCAUCUUUCGGAUGUGCGCUAAAUAAUUGACUAAUUAUAAUGCGAUACCAUGCAUAUCAAAAUAUGUGUGAUCUCAUGAACUUCCAGUUAACAUUUUAUUCCUUCAAUUAAACAUUUAUCUCCUGGAAUUUCAGUUGUUAGUGUUGAGCUUUUCAAAAUCCUUUCUGAAGUCACAUACUAUCAAUUUAUUCAUGAGUGUUUAGUUCCAUGUCUGCUAUCUAAUGAAUUCACUAGUUAGUGACACUAAUGUAGAAUUGAUCGAAAGUCUCUACAGUAAGGAUCUAGAUUGACUUUCUCUGAAUAUAGCUCAUGAUAAAACCAGGGGUUUUUUGAUUACGGAUAUCAUUAGUUCACUACUGCUGGUAUAAGUAAACGGGGUAAAUAUUUGAUUUGCCACAGUUCAUUUAUAUCUUCAUUUUUAAAUGUCUACCACAUCACCAUAUCACAUUUUGUUCAUACCAAGUGAACAUUCUCGAAAUUUCCUACCAAAUCUACAUUAUUCAUAACUAAUGGUGAAAUAAUUAUUCAAUCAUAGUUUUAGUCUGUCUUGUAUCGUUACUGCAAAAUAAUGAAGUCCAGAAAUCCUCAGCAUAAUAAAUAAUAAUAACAGUAGUUGUAGUAUUAUAUCACAUAUAUUAUAAACACACAUGUUAUUUGGAGACUGACGUUGGUUUAGGUUAGCAUCAUUUCAAUAUUCAAUGCAUAAUCUCAGUUACACUACUAUCAAAAAGAGACAAUGUUUUUUAUUUAUUUUUUAAUAAUGUAUAUGUUUAACAAAGUAACUUUUGAUAAUUUUUUUGUUGCAUUUCGUUAUUACAGUUACAUUAGUCGUUUACGUAAGAAUGCUCCAGGUGGAUUAGGUGAUUGGCAUAACCAAUUGUCAGCUUCUCUAGAUACAGCUCCACCAGUUCAACCAAAUAUAGCUAAUCAAUUAAUAGGAAAUUUCUUUACUGAUCCUAAAAAGGUUCAAAGUUGUUCAGUAACUGAAGCAUUAUGGAAUUUACGUG